AUUCUGAGCGUUUUUCUGUGAUGGGGAAACGCCAAAGUUUAUACAGAAAACCUUGAACAUAUUGCGCAGUUAUGAUUUCAUUAUUACGGUAUGCAACCGCGAUGGAUAUAAAAGAUGUAAACAAACACAGUAAACGUCUACCACAGAAUGGAAUAGAACUCGGACAUGGCGAGGACGUACUCCAUGAAAAUGUCAGAAUUCUCACCACUGCAGUAUUGUAGUGGGGAGGAAGAGGAAAAAGCAAACGGAAUUCCAAUCUACAAGCAGCGAGCUUCGUGGGGACCUCAGUCAGACAUGGAAUUUGCGGCAACUCCUGGAAUAACGGACCUUCUAACUCAAAGGACUAUUUUAGAGCAUCUCUUUCUGAAACGACCGAUAGAGGGAGAAUUUUGGUAUGUGAUUGUGGCUGAAUGGCUUGAACAACUCAAACGAUACAUAGGUUUGCCGACCACACGGAAAUUUUAUCAUCAACGAACGAACCCCGGCCCGAUCAUCACUCGCCGGGACUAUGCACAUACUGUUGACGUAAUGCACGAAGAUGCGUGGCGUAUGAUGGUACAGUGGUAUGGACUGACAGACGGCCAUAAGCCAAUCAAACUUGUCGUAUAUAACUACAGACGUGGCCCUGAAAUUGAACACAACAAAAAUUCAUUCAAGGUGAUGCUUAGUGUAUCAUCCCUUGAAGAUUUUCAUCAUGUCAAGUUCAGCAAAAUGGAAAAAGUCGGCCAUAUCGAGUUUAAAAUUCGUCAGUUGUACUGUACAUCAAAAGAGCAACAAUCGAGAAUUUGGGCUAAGACGGACACAGACGGUGAGUGGAGGCUUCUUUUGAAUCGCGAUAAAACUGUCGGAAAGUGUCUUGAUAUCGAUUCCGAUUUCAUUCGUCCAACUGUUGCUCUUGAAAUUUGUGACGAAGAUGGAAAGUGGGCCAACGCCCCACAAGACGCAAUACAGAUUCAAGAAAGUCCGUCAGGACCUCUGUGUGAACACGACAUCUUCACCGACCUCACGAACAGUUGGGAAGUCGAUGUUCAUGACCAGAUCGACCACAUUGGAAAAAGUUUGGUGGACAAUUUGCAUGUAAAUUUCAAUGCUUUCGUACAAAAAGCACGAGAAUUCGUCGAUGAAAGGGACUACCAUUUGCGUCAGCGGGAACGUGAUAUUUAUCUUAGAGAGACAUUCAUUGAGGAUCUCACUGAAAAGUUGGAAGACAAAGAGAAAAUUCUUGACGUCCAGUUAGAAUCGUGUGAGAGGCAAUUAAACGAAUGUGAUAAACGUAAAAAGGACAUUGAAGUAGAAUACAAGAAACAGCGAGAAGAACUGGAUCGUCUGGAGGAACGGCGGAGGACCGAAUUUAAUGCUCAGAAAACGUCCUUUGAGGAGGAGCGAGAUAAGUUUCAUUCGGAAUUACAGCGGAUGUCAGAAAUGUACAAAAUCCAGGAUAAUCGCAUCAAGAUGGACAUCGGGGGUCUACUGUUUACCACUUCAUUAACGACAUUACAUCGAGAUCCCGAUUCCAUGUUAGCCGCCAUGUUUAGUGGUCGUCAUGAGUUGAAAAAAGAUAAUAGUAAUGGCGGUUACUUUAUUGACAGGGACGGUACACACUUUCGAUACAUCCUUAACUUCCUGAGAGACGGCGAGAUCAAAGAUGGAACGAUUCCUGAGAAUCCCAACUUAUGGCGGGAAUUGUUGACCGAGGCAGAGUAUUACCAGAUUCAGGGUCUCGUGGGCUAUCUGCGGUCUCUGCUGCAGAGCCAUCAACACCGGAACGAAUCGCCUUCUAGUGAUACAACUUUUGUGUAAAUUGGUUCUCAUAAGAAAUCAGUAAUGUUGUAAAACUUUGAUGCUAUUUAUGCACCAAAGCUCGAUUGCUUGCGAAUAUAUUCAUUUGUUUCGUGAUUUAGGCAACAGUUGAACAGUUGCACGUGCUUUUUCUAGGUAGCAACUAACAUGAUAUCACAAUACAGAAUAUAAUUGUCUAUGCUAGAAUAAUCCCUGUCCAAACAUGACACGCGACUGCUCAUCCCACCCGUGUCUCUGACACAUUAUGCUUCUAGAUAAAUGUGUCAGAGACAGAGGAUUAGAUAUGUUAAAGGUGAAUGUUUCACAAAUCCCUUUCAAAUGCCUUUAAAUCGGAAUUAUAAUGGGAUUAGAACACGUGCAAAGUGCAAGUCUAUCUGGUUAACCUUCCUUGGUUUGAGUAAAUGCCAAUUCUGUCAUGUUCCUAAUGUCGGAUACACUUGGGAGAUCUGAAUUCGACUUCAGUUUUAUUUCGUUGUAUGCCAAACUUCAAUGUCUUGCCUUUAUCUUUAUUUCAGCGGGCUUAUAUAAUUUUGCUUGUAGGUACUAAGUGUACCUAAUACAUGCAAAAUGAAAGGGGGAAAAAAUCGUUUAUCAAAUAUGCUGCUGACAAAUAAAUAAAAAAGUUGAUUUU